AAUCUGAACUGAUUUCUUUGGAGUCGCAAAAGCUUGGAAAGAAAGAAUAGUUAAGAAGCUAUAGCUUUCACCUUUGUGCAUACCUUUCCCUUGGAUUCACUGAGUAGAGUGCCAUGUGGUGGACUGGAGCUCCUGCACAUGGCUGCUCCCGUUUCUAUGCCACUGGAGCAAGCUCAAAACCAAAACCUUUGCCUCUCCCAAGAGAAUCACAAUUAAGGACAGGACCACCCUACGGAGUGAUGCCCGCACUGAAGGGUCAGAUGUUGGAGACAGUAAUCUAUUCCUUUAAGACCUCUGGGAAGAGUGAAGUGUGGUAAAAGCUUCAGUACUAGGGAGAAAAGCUAUACUUGCGGAUCUGAGUUCUGCUCUUACUCUUGUUUACUCAUGUUAGGACCAUUUCUCUAUCAAAUGGCAAUUCUUUGCUCUUCCAGUAACACUAGGGUGGCCGUUGCACUCUGUCUACUCCUGAUCUUCUGGGGUUGCUGCAAUGAUCAUUUGAUUUCAACGUUUCUUACUUUGUUUCUGCUCGUGCUUUCCCCUUCUGCUGCCCUUGUUAUCAGACGGAUUGGCAAAGCUGAGAGAGCAUCACGAAGUCUUGCAGACAAGAAGGCGACCACUGAGUUAGAGGCAGCUACUAGCUCGGAAGUUGCGACGUCGCUGGAAUCUGAAGGAUCGGAGUGUGAGAUAACUAGUACUGCUUCAUGCAUGGGUCGUGGUACUACUGGCUUACUUGAAAAGGAUGAAGAGAAUCUAAGCCCAAGUGCUUCGCCUGAAGACGCUUGCCACUCGACGGAGAGCUCGGAGGACUCGAUGAUAUCCGACGACGAAAAUCUCAUCGAGAUCUCACUCCCAGACGGCCACUUUGUUGCACACGAGGAGCCACUGCCUCAAUCAAAUGGAUGCCUGCCAAAUUUUCUCCAGGAUUCAGUGAGGCAACAUGGACUCGGCGAGCUAUUAUCGGAAAUCAAUGAAGAGGACAAUUUGAUCGAGAUCGACAUCAUCAGGGGCUCCAUCAAAUGCUCAAGAGUGGGGAUUAAGGCCUGAGCUAGCUACAUAUGCAAAGUCCAGUGAUACUUCAUCUCUAUUUUCAUUAGUUGUAUCGAGAGAUAUAUGUUGAGUGGAAAUAAGUUCAAAAUGAGAGAAACUAUAUAUAAUGGUUCUCUUGUGCUACUGUUCCCGGUUAAUUCCGAAGAUGAU